GAGGGAAGCGCCUGCUGCCGGGGGCUCUGAGCUAGUAGCCUAGCAGCAAGCGUGACUCCGAAACCUGCCCUGGGGUUAGCCUGUUCAGCUGCGGCAGCAUCGUGCGUACCCCAGGGGUCCGCCCCCAGGCAGUGUAGCGCUGGGCAGGGGAGACCAUGGCCCGCCUCUUCAGUCCCCGGCCGCCUCCCAGCGAAGAGCUCUUCUACGAGACCUACUACAGCCUGAGCCAGCAGUACCCACUACUGCUACUGCUGCUGGUGAUCCUGCUCUUUGGGCUCCUGGCGCUGCUCGCUGUUGCCUGGGCCAGCGGCAGGGAGCUGGCCUCAGACCCGGGCUUCCUGACCACGGUGCUGUGCGCGCUGGGCGGCUUCUCCCUACUGCUGGGCCUGGCUUCUCGCGAACAUCGACUGCAGCGCUGGACGCGUCCCCUGUCGGGCCUCGUGUGGGCAGCGCUGCUCGCGCUAGGCCACGGCUUCCUGUUCACCGGGGGCGCGGUGAGCGCCUGGGAUCAGGUGUCCUUUUUCCUUUUUGUCAUCUUCACCGUGUAUGCCAUGUUGCCCUUGGGCAUGUGGGACGCCGCCGCCGCGGGUCUCACCUCUUCACUCUCACACCUGCUGGUCCUGGGGCUGUACCUUGGGCCUCAGCCGGACUCACGGCCCGCGCUGCUGCCGCAGCUGGCGGCAAACGCGGUGCUGUUCCUAUGCGGGAACGUGGCCGGAGCGUACCACAAGGCGCUGAUGGAGCGCGCGCUGCGCGCCACCUUCCGGGAGGCGCUGAGUUCCCUGCACUCGCGCCAGAGGCUGGACACGGAGAAGAAGCACCAGGAACACCUCCUCUUGUCCAUCCUUCCUGCCUACCUGGCCCAAGAGAUGAAGGCGGAGAUCAUGGCACGGCUACAGGCUGGACAGGGGUCAAGGCCAGAGAGUACCAACAACUUCCACAGCCUCUAUGUCAAGAGGCACCAGGGAGUCAGUGUGCUGUAUGCGGACAUCGUGGGCUUCACGCGGCUGGCCAGUGAGUGCUCCCCUAAGGAGUUGGUGCUCAUGCUCAACGAGCUCUUUGGCAAGUUCGACCAGAUCGCCAAGGAGCAUGAAUGCAUGCGGAUCAAGAUCCUGGGAGACUGUUACUACUGUGUCUCUGGGCUACCGCUCUCGCUGCCAGACCACGCCAUCAACUGCGUGCGCAUGGGGCUGGACAUGUGCCGGGCCAUCAGGAAACUUCGGGCAGCCACCGGGGUGGAUAUCAACAUGCGUGUUGGUGUGCACUCGGGCAGCGUGCUCUGCGGGGUCAUCGGGCUGCAGAAAUGGCAGUAUGAUGUCUGGUCCCAUGACGUCACUCUGGCCAACCACAUGGAGGCGAGUGGAGUGCCAGGACGAGUACAUAUCACAGGGGCGACACUGGCCCUGCUGGCAGGGGCUUACGCUGUGGAGGAUGCAGCCAUGGAACACCGGGACCCAUACCUUCGGGAGCUAGGGGAGCCCACCUACCUGGUCAUCGAUCCCCGGGCGGAGGAGGAGGACGAGAAGAGCACUGCAGGAGGGUUGCUGUCCUCUCUUGAGGGCCCCAAGAUGCGUCCAUCACUGCUGAUGACCCGCUACCUGGAGUCCUGGGGUGCAGCCAAGCCUUUCGCUCACCUGAACCACGUAGAGAGCCCUGUGUCCACCUCCACCCCUCUCCCGGAGAAGGCCCUGUCUUCCUUCAGUCCCCAGUGGAGCCUGGACCGGAGUCGUACCCCCCGGGGACUAGAUGAUGAACUAGACACCGGAGAUGCCAAGUUCUUCCAGGUCAUCGAACAGCUCAACUCUCAGAAACAGUGGAAACAGUCAAAGGACUUCAACCCAUUGACACUGUACUUCAGAGAGAAGGAGAUGGAGAAAGAGUAUCGGCUCUCCGCACUUCCCGCCUUCAAAUACUAUGCAGCCUGUACCUUCCUGGUUUUUCUCUCCAACUUCAUCAUCCAGAUGCUGGUAACAAACAGGCCCCCAGCUCUGACCAUCACCUAUAGCAUCACCUUCCUCCUCUUCUUCCUCCUCCUCUUCGUCUGCUUCUCAGAGCACCUGACGAAGUGUGUCUUGAAAGGCCCCAAGAUGCUGCACUGGCUGCCCACACUGUCUGUCCUAGUGGCCACACGGCCCGGACUGCGAGUCGCCCUGGGCACCGCUACCAUCCUGCUUGUCUUCGCCAUGGCCGUUACCAGCCUGGUCUUCUUACCGGCAGCCGCGAACUGCCCUUUCCGGGCUCCCAAUGUGUCCUCCGUGGCUUCCAACCUCUCCUGGGAGCUCCCUGGGUCCCUGCCUCUCAUCAGCGUCCCAUACUCCAUGCACUGCUGCGUGCUGGGGUCCCUCUCCUGCUCCCUCUUCCUGCACACGAGCUUCGAGCUGAAGCUGCUGCUGCUCCUGCUGUGGCUGCUGGCCUCCUGCUCCCUCUCCCUGCACUCCCACGCCUGGCUGUCCGACUGCCUCGUCGCCCGCCUCUACCUGGGUGCCUCGGACUCCAGGCCAGGGGUGCUGAAGGAGCCCAAGUUGAUGGGAGCAGUCUCCUUCUUCAUCUUCUUCUUCACCCUCCUGGUCCUGGCUCGGCAGAACGAGUAUUACUGCCGCCUGGACUUCCUGUGGAAGAAGAAGCUGAGGCAGGAGCAGGAGGAGACAGAGACGAUGGAGAACCUGACUCGGCUGCUCCUGGAGAACGUGCUCCCCGCGCACGUGGCUCCCCAGUUCAUCGGCCAGAAUCGGCGCAAUGAGGACCUCUACCACCAGUCCUACGAGUGUGUCUGUGUCCUCUUCGCCUCAGUCCCAGACUUUAAGGAGUUUUACUCUGAAUCCAGCAUCAACCAUGAGGGGCUAGAGUGUCUGCGGCUGCUCAAUGAGAUAAUUGCUGAUUUUGAUGAGCUGCUCUCCAAGCCCAAGUUCAGUGGGGUGGAGAAGAUCAAAACCAUCUGCAGCACCUACAUGGCUGCUACAGGCUUGAACACCACCUCUGGACAAGACGCACCGCAGGAUGCUGAGCAAAGCUGCAGCCACCUUGGCACCAUGGUAGAGUUUGCUGUGGCCCUUGGGUCUAAGCUGGACGUCAUCAACAAGCACUCAUUCAACAACUUCCGCCUGCGCGUGGGGUUAAACCAUGGACCUGUAGUGGCCGGAGUGAUUGGGGCCCAGAAACCGCAAUAUGAUAUCUGGGGCAACACGGUGAACGUGGCCAGCCGAAUGGAGAGUACAGGCGUCCUGGGCAAGAUCCAAGUAACCGAAGAGACAGCCUGGGCCCUUCAGUCCUUAGGCUACACCUGCUACAGCCGGGGCAUCAUCAAGGUCAAAGGCAAAGGGCAGCUCUGCACCUACUUUCUGAACACAGAUCUGACACGAACUGGACCUCCCUCAGCCACCGUAGGCUGAGAACCCCACCCCUCCUGCCACCUAUGAGAUCCUCAGUAAAGGGACUCUGCUAUGUCUGGGCUAGAACUGAUGUCAGAAGCUGCUGGUAUAGCUGGGGAGCAUCUUCUCCUCGCCUCUCAGCAGGACGGCUUCUUCCCAGGCCAAACUGAGUGUGUGUGUGUGUGUGUG